AUGCCUCCAAACCGCCGGUGUAACCUUCAGAAGAAAGCUGAAGAAGAUGCAACUCGUGAGGCCAAAUUCACAGCUGCUAUCCAGGCUGUCAAAGACAAAAAGACCAAGAACCUCCGGACAGCAGCUGCACAGUUCAAAGUGCCAUAUGACACUCUUCGUCGACGGGCACUGAACCUGACCAAACCUCAUUCGAAAGCCCACAAAAACCAACAGCUACUCACCGAAGGACAGGAAGAAACAUUAUGUCACUGGGCCCAGUACCUGGCAAUGACAGGUCACCCUCUCUCCAAGCGCAGCCUUCGUGCAAAGGUGUCAGAGCUGAGCGAGAAGUUAAAGGCAAAGAAGAAGCUGACUGGUAAAGAUAAGGGGCCUUCAAAAAUGUGGAUCAGCUAUUUUCUUGCUCGCCAUCCGGAAAUCAAGCUGGGACGCCCUACUGGAAUUGAUCCGAAGCGCAUGCAAAUGUUCAAUUACACAACUGUUAAUCACCACUUCAAACUCCUUGACAACUUCUUGAAAUCGGAGAACAUUCCCUGGGAGAACGUGUAUAACAUGGAUGAGAAGGGGAUACAACUUGGGGGAGGGAGGAAAUGUGAUAACACGAAGUACCUGUUUUCACGGAACGCAAAAGCCAGGGUCAGGGCAAAGAUGUGUGCAGACGGCUCCAAUCUGAAGCCCGGCUUUGUAUUUUCUGGGUCACAAAUAUACCCGGAAUACUAUGAAGAAGAUGGUAUAAUAGUUGCAACAUCCGAAAAUGGUUGGACGAGUGACUUUAUUGGCACUGAGUGGUUUGUGAAAAGCUUCGUGCCGCAAGCCAAAGCACGAAAUUCAUCCGGUCAACCGAUCCUCCUAAUAUAUGAUGGACACCGCUCACACGAGACCAUCAAACUUCGUCAAGCAGCAGAAGAACAUGGCAUUCACCUUUUUUGUCUCCCCCCACACACGACACAUCGUUUACAACCCCUUGAUGUUGGCGUUUUUGGUCCCCUACAGAAACAAUGGCAGAGACGCAGUGAGGUUGUGAUGGAAGAGACUGGGGAGGGGAUCAAAAAGCGCAACGUGAUUCGAGAGUAUAUGAAGGCGAGAGAUAUCGCAUUUAAAGAGGAGACGAUCCUGCAGGCAUGGAAAAAAAGUGGAAUUAGACCGAUAAACCCAGGAAUAUUUACAGAAGAGGAUUACGCACCAAGUUACGAGUCAUCCACCCAGUUGCACCUCCCUGCCACCUUCCCUCAGGCUAAUCACACAUUCUCUGAUCCCCUUUCCGACACUGAUCCAACAUACGAGCCACCACAAGAAACUUCAUCCGACUCUGACGGUUCAGAAUCGGGUUCAGACUCGUCAGAAUCUGAUAAUGGCAGUGAUCCGAGUCAUACCCCUAGAAUAAUAGGACAAGGAAACUUACCCCCGCAGUGGUCAGGAGCCCAGUCCCUUGAGUCUUCAUCAGUGCCGGAAGCAGGCCCCUCCAAUUUUUCCGGUUCACUGUCAUUAGUGCCAGAAACAGAUCCCAGCACGACUCAGACGACUCAUCCCGCAAACACACUUCGGCGCCACACUCGAUCAGUGUCUGCAAUCGAGCGAUCGAAAAUGAUUGUGGAACGUCUCCAACAGGCCGAGGAGGAGAUUGAAUGGCUCCGUCGAGAAAAUGAAUUAUUGAUGUUCCAAAAAGAUGCUGCGGAGACUCACUGCUAUUUUUCAGCUCAGAUGGCCGACCACUACAAAGCACGGUUGAACAAGAAGCUGGACGACAAAACUCGCAAGGGAUCGGGCAAGAAACGAAUGAAGCCCUAUUCAAGGGUGCUGACAUCAGAGGAAGGCCGUGCGGAGCUGAGGGAAUUGGAGGCUGAUCAGGCUGAGCGCGAGCGUCAGGAGGAAGCGAGUAAACAGAAGAAGGUUGCAGAGGAACAGGGAAAACGUGAUCGGCGAGCAGAGCAGGAGCGUUCUCAAGCUGCAUUUACAGGCGCAAUCAAGACCAAAAAGCUGGAGGAAUUACGAGACGUAGCCGCAGCCUUGCGAUUGCCGGAGACUGGACUCAAGGCUGAAUUGUUACAGCGAAUUUUGCAGCACUUCAACGACCACCCGGAACUCAAGAAAAAUCAACGCUAUGAUGGUUUAUUUAAUCCCCCCCGUUCUCGCAGGCGCUGUCUCGAAAAUGACAAUAGUGUGGCGCCUGAAUUCCCGCAAGAUAUGAUUCCCGCAAAUUCGAUUCAACAACCAUCCAGGUAUCAACCACAGCUGCCUGUCACUCAUUCCUCAAUGUCAGCCAUGGAUCUGCCCCCACCCGGCUACGCACCUCCAUAUUAUUCAAUGCACCAUUCUGUACCUCGGUCUCCACCUGUUCUUCACCCUCCCUUCACACCGGUUGGUAGCGCUAGUAUGUCUCAGGAUUUUCGAGUUGGUGGAGUGCAGAUGUAUGACAUUGGGGGCUCUGGUGAUGCAGGCCGUCAGCUGUAUGAGUCAAGACUCUAUCAACAGUACCAUUACAAUCACAAUAAUUAG